GGCAAGUGUGUCCCCUGCCCGCAGUCUCCCAGCCUUUCUUUGCAACAGGAGUUACAAUGAAUUUUGCUGCACAGUUACUCUACUUCAGGGUGUUAAAAAACAGAAGUCCCAGGAACCGCUCCAGGGAAGAUGAAGACUACGAUCCUUUCUGGCAAAGAGAUGACAACAAAAUAAAGAAACAAGAUGCCCCAGCACUUUGUGAUCUUCACUGUUGUGAGGGUGGGCCCAUAAGAAAUGGCCUCAUCGUGCAGAAGCCACCCUCUAUCAAUCCCGAGAGACUGAAAGAUUUUGGUGAGGAGGAUUACCUGAACGGGGAGGUGAAGACCUGGGAAAUGAAGGUAGUGAGUCGUAACGAGGAGUUACCUAGAGAUGCCCUUUCCCACGUCCCUCAGUCAAGCAGUAGGACCAGCCUGUCAAGCUGUAACAAGCUGAUUCAAUUUGAAGAUAUUAGUGCAGCAGCUUUUAAAAUCCAAUGUGGUGUUCAGAAAACCCCGUGCAUGUAUUCUAGGUUAUCCAAGCAGUAUGGAAUGGAUAUCUACCUAAAGAAAGAGUUCCUCCAGUACACGGGGUCUGUGAAGGAACGAGGAGUACUUUACCUUCUGACAUCAUUGCCUCAGGAUCAGCAAAGAAAAGGGGUGAUUGUUGCUUCGGACAGUAACUUCUCCAUGGCUGUUGCUUACCACGCCUCAGGGCUCCGUGUCCCAGUGUUUGUCAUCAUGUCAACCAGCACGUCCCCAGCCAGAGUGAAGAUGUGCCGUGAGUACGGUGCCAUGGUCAUAUCCUAUGGCACCACUGCCAAGGAUUCCCAGAUGCACGCAAGGAGGUUGGCGCAGGAGAAUGGUUACCUCUACCUUGAAGAGGAGGACAGUGCUGUCUACCUGUCAGGCCUGGGGACCGUGGGGCUGGAGGUGUACGAGCAGGUGCCAAAGCUGGACGCGGUGAUUUUCCCUGCAGGAGGCCACUGUGGCUUGCUGGCAGGGUCAGCUGCUGCACUCAAACACCUCGACCCACAUAUUUCUGUAAUUGGGGUUGAAUCUGAAAGUUUCCCUGUAUUGCAACAAUCCUUAAAGGCUGGCCACCCAACAGAAGAUCAGGCUUGCAGCAAUCAUCACUUUUAUGGAGAUGUGAGUGGACUUUGUUUUGGCAGCAAUUCUUUGCAGCUGACUGGGAAACUGGUGGAUAAAGUUGUUGCUGUGAGGGAGGAGGACAUCCUCAUUUCAAUGCUGAGGUUGCUGGAGUAUGAGCGAGCCACGGUUGAUGCAGAAGGGGCUAUUGGACUUGCAGCACUUGUUGCAGGGAAGCUGCCUGAGUUGAAGGGUAAAAGAGUGGCAAUUGUUAUAUGCAGUGGAAACUUGGAGCUACAUUUGCUGCAGCAGUGCAUAGCUCGGGCACUGACACUCGAUAACAGAGUGUGCAGGUUUUCCCUUGUGCUUGCUGACUGCCCAGGACACAUUUCUAAGCUACUGGAGAUUUUGGCUCGGGAAGAAGCCAGAGUUUUGGACAUUCAACAAGAACGCACGUUUGUGACAUCUGAGCUCUUCACUGUCGAGGUCACCUGCACUGUGGAGACCAGAGACAAGAUCCACACAGCCCAGCUGAGGAACGCGCUGCUGGAACGCUACCCCACAGCCGCCUGGACAGAGCGGUGAUGGGCAGAGCACAAGGGAAGGGGCCAAGGUCCUCUGACACGAAUUUUACAGAGCCCUAAUCUUGAGGCAUUCAGAACAAUAUUCUCUUCCAAAGCUGAACAGUUAGCAAAUAGUUUCAGGAUAUUUAUUUCCUGUUCAAGCAGUAGCUAAUGUCCUUGGGAAUAAAGUUAAAUGCAAACCUGUAGCUUAGCUAAGGG